UAUACAUUCAGUAAUUUUUUAUUUUAGAAUUUGUUAAGUGGCUAUUGUUCAAUACACAAAGAUUUCAAGUGUAUUAAGUAGAGGAAGAUAUACCCACCUAUGUGAUUCAAGAAAAUUUUCUUACAUUUAAUAAACAUCAUUUUUUUCUCUUAAAGGGAAGUCAGUAUUGCUACAUGGAAUUCUUAAAUAUUGUCAGCUUUGGUAGUUUUAUUUAAGCCAUGAAAACAGAAAAUCAGACUAUUGAAACAGAUUUUAUAUUUCUUGGUCUUUUCCAAUAUGGUCCAAUGGACUCUUUCCUCUUCGUUGCCAUCGCCAUCCUGUUUUCAGUGGCUCUGAUGGGGAACAUCACACUGAUUCUUCUCAUUCGACUGGACCCCAGACUCCACACUCCAAUGUACUUUCUCCUCAGUCAGCUCUCUUUCAUCGACAUGAUGUACAUCUCCACCACUGUGCCCAAGAUGGCAGUUAACUUUCUGUCCAAUAGUAAGACCAUUACUUUUCUAGGCUGUGAGAUUCAGACAUUUGUGUUCUUGGUCCUUGGCGGAACUGAAGCCCUUCUUCUUGGGUUCAUGUCUUAUGAUCGCUACGUGGCCAUCUGUCAUCCUUUACGUUACCCUGUGCUCAUGAGCAAGAGGAUCUGUUGGUUCAUGGUCACGUGUGCGUGGACCAGUAGUUCUGUCAACUCUUUAAUUCAUACGGUGUAUGUGUUUCAACUUCCCUUCUGUACCUCUCGACUCGUCAACCACUUCUUCUGUGAAGUCCCAUCCCUGUUGCCAUUGGUGUGUCAGGACACUUCUCAGUAUGAACAUACGAUCCUCCUGAGCAGCCUUAUUAUUCUGUUGUUACCAUUCACGGCCAUUGUGGCUUCCUAUGCCUGUGUGCUCACUGUGGUUUUCCAGAUGAGUUCAGGAAAAGGACAGACAAAAGCGAUCUCCACCUGUUCCUCUCACCUGCUUGUGGCAAGUCUGUUCUACAUGACCACUCUCUCCACCUAUACCAGGCCUCACUCCGUGCAUUCACCUGAAGAGGAUAAGACAGUAGCUGUGUUUUACACAAUGAUUACACCUCUUCUGAACCCAUUCAUCUACAGCCUGAGGAAUAAAGAAGUUAUGGGGGCCUUGAGGAGACUAUUUGUAUGGAAAAUGUGA